CGCAACCGUGAAAGGCAGAAAAACAUCAAUGGGAAAAUGGCUUGUUCACCCCAAUCAGGCCAGGCAGUGAAAACCGGAUGGAUUUCCUUCAUCACACUCUCGCGCACACACACAAACACACACACACACAUUCACACACAGAAACCAAAACGCACGGGGAGCAAUCGCGGAUGGAAUGUUCUUGUCCACUUGCAGCAGUACUGAGAGCCUACUCUCUGCAUCCCUCUGGCUCUUUGUGUGUAGCGUUUAUGUGUUUUUUUUUCCUUUUCGUUCGUUGUGAGAAACGGGAACUUGUUUUUCGAGCAGAAGAAUAAGAAGGCAUUUGAGAAGUAGCAGCAGCAGCACCAGCACCAGCCGCGGCAGCUAGCAACCAGUAUCAUCAACAUAGUAGGCGCACAGAGUUCGCGUUGUUUGUGCGUUCUGGUGGGCUGCUCUUUUCUCGGGUUGCUCCGUGUACGCUCGCGUUCCGUUCCAAGAUCGUUUUGCGACGAAUUCUACAUGCGAUGUGAUUGUGUGAACGAACGGUUGUAAAUAGUAGUCGUCCCACUAGGUGCUUCUAUGUAAAUAAUUAGGCAACUUUUGUGCGGUGCAAUAGCGUGACGGAAGUGAUCAGCAGCGCAGUCCAGAAAUAGUGGCCGAGAUCGCAUAUGCGCCUGUAGUGUGUUGUUGUUACUGAUGUGUUGCGUACGUGUGUGCAUAUGUGUGUAAAGUGUUGCGUACUACACCUUAGCCGUAGUAGGAAGUGUCCAAUCCUAUCCGCUUUUGGUGAUUAGAGAAAAUGUGAUCCUUGUGUAAUUUAGUUACAAUUUCGGCAAAACAUCCGCCGAGUUAAAACAACGAUCGUUUCCUGAGCGAUGCGUGACGUAUGUAGGUUUUUUUGUUGUCGUGCCUUGUCCGCCGGGACCGUGCGUUUGUGUAUGCGUUAGUGAAUGGUGUUGGCCCGUCCGUACCGUCGCGUCGCAUCCGUGUGUCGACGAUAGAUGGAAUACGCGCCUGUCCCUGCAUGCCCCCCCAUACAUAGUAGUGAGCAGUAGUAGUGUACACGAUGGCCGUCCAACGGCGCAGGAGACGGUGCACACUGCCGUCGUAGCCGUGGAGGAAGCAUGGUGACGCAAACGCGCCCGGUGGUGCAGUGUUAGAGCGCGUCGUCGUCUGUGCAUUGCGGGAGCAAUGUUAUGAUAAUGGGUGUAGUAACCCGCACAACUAACCUUUAGUACGUGUGUAGGCGUUCCGAACCACGUCCACAGCAUCGUCGACCCAGGCAAUCGUUAUUGCCUCAGCGAUAAUCGGUGGUUGUGUGUGUGUGUGUGGGGAGGGGGCAACGGAAGGUACGCGGGGAGGGGGGUGUUGUGUGAAAGUGGCAACAUCUUUUGAGCCCGCGGCUCGAUAUCUCAUCAGUCGUCAAGACGAAUGGGAAGUGAAUCAAAUCGUGAGUGUGAGUGUGUGUCUGUGUCCCCAGCUUGGUGAGGGUCGUGUUUUGUGCAUAAGCACACAAAUUAUUUACGUUUGAAGUUUGUGAGUGGAAGAAGAAGAACCAAGCACAUUACAUACACGCGCGUCCCCCAAUACGUCCGAAAGUGGGCAAAAAAAAAGCGGUGCUGUCCACGGUACCGGUGCGGCGCUGCACACCACGCCUACCCUCUACACUCAAUCGCCUGGCCUGUGUGCCUGUUGGUCUACCGUGACCAUCGCUACUCGUAGUCGCGAUCCUUGUGUGUGUAGCCGUGGCUUGACAACAAACAAACAAACGAAAAAGAAGCACAACACACGGGCACGGGCGGCAGCAGCAGCAACAGCGCAUCAUCAUCAACACACUACUACUCUUCGACCUUUGAGCAUAGCUAGCAGCGCUCGCGUCAACCUACUAACCGCCGGCUGUGCAUGCUUUCGUUUGUACUGCUGAAUCUCUUCGAACGAGCUUAGGUUGUAGCAUACGAGAUUUUUUGCGAACGUGCAGCAGUUUCAAGCGGACGGACGAACGUUAAGGAUACAGUUUCCAUGAGAAGCAUAAUUAAGCACAACGGGAGAAUCACCUGGAGCAUCAGCCAAUGAGUUGAAUAGAUUGAAAGAUACUGGAACAAACAAAGGUGAAGGAACAAGGCAAGGACAAUCGAAAAACCACGGCCGAUUAAACAUAACGUGCUUGAACGAUACGUUCAUCAGAUUACAACCAAAAGUGGCUCUUAGAGAUCGGCCAAUAUCUAGCUGAUAGGUAUGGAGAUUAUCAAGCUAAGGAUAGUUUUAAUCGUGGUGUAGCGUGGUGUACCUUAGUCGCUACAUCCGAGUUGUCCCACUCGCCUUGCCACUCGCCAGUAAAAUCAAACAAUAAACAAGAGAGAAACAUAAAAACGCGACGCUUAGCGAGGAGAGCGUUGCGCCGAACCAGAACAUUAGCUCAGCCAGAAGAGAGAAAGUGCCAAACCUUGAUGUGGCCAGUGUCAGUAGUGUACCGGGGCAAGCAUGAUACCGCAAAAACAACCCCCGCCAGCAACAGUACCAGCAUCAGCAUCGUCGUCCCUGUCGUCGGCAACGCAGCAACAGUCAGUGAAUGCUAGUGUCAGCGGGACUCACAGUAACAACAGCAUGACAACGACCGUCGUCGCCGUUAAUACCGGUCCCGGAACGGCAGCGACGGUGGGCUCAGCUUCCGGGACGGGUUCGGCGAUGGGCAGCAGCACUACCACCACCACCGAACGGACAGUGCUGGCGGAGAAAAGCACCGUUCAGAAUGCAACGCCACGGCAGCAUCCGAAAAAGCGAAAGUUUGAUCUCGCCGAAUUGGAGGAAAUGGAGACGCAUCGGCCGGUACCACCACCACCGAUGCUCGUGCCACCUGCACCCACUUCGUCGCCAUGCUCCGGAGCGCACGGGGGAAAGCAGGAGGCACAACCGAUGGAUACCGAGGGAGGGGGAGGUCGUGAAGUGGAAAGAGAUGGAGGAAAUCGUGGCGAGGAGGCUGACCUAUCACAGCGGUCUUCGUGUACCGCUGGAACGGCGGUAUUCCGGAAAGGUGAACCGGAGGAAAAUGGGAGUUUCGGUGCGUACCAUUACGGUGCUACCAAUGGCAAUUUUGGUAGGGACAGUGUCACCGGCACUCAUAUGGCCACCGACGCAAGAACGGUCAAUCAAAGCGCGUACGAAAACACGAUUCAAUCGGAACGAGCGCACCGCGAACUCGCGGGCAGCCGGGAACGGGUAUUGAACUGUACCGGGCAGCGCUCGCAGGCGAGCAGCAGUCCCGGCCAGGGUGGUUCAGCGAGUAGCGGUGGCGGUGGUUUGAUCACCGCACAGCACCAACAGCAUCGUGCCAGCCCGGGAAGUGCGGAAACGGCGCUGAUCAAUCUUACAUCCGUCCCAACGACUGCAACGUUGCUGACGAUGGUGCCGGCCAGUAACAGUGGCAAUAAUGGGAAGGCUCACCAUUUGCAACAGCGUCCGGGAGCGGGAUCGCUUUAUGCGCAUCAGGUUCACCUUCAGCAGCAGCCACCGCCGCCGCUGCCGCCGAACGCUGGUCGCCAGAGUCCGGGCAUGAUCGCUGCCAGUAGCAGUGGAAGUAGCAGUAAUAGUAUAAGUUACACGAAUAAUACCAGUAGCAUUAGCAAUAGCAGUAGUAAUGGUGCCACUUCGACCGCCUCCUCCUCCUCCUCCUCCUCCUCCACCAUCGCCACGAUGAAUCGAUCUCAGAGCUAUACCAUUUCCACGAUUACGCUGCAACAGCCAUCACCGUCGAGUACGGCUUCGCCACCAGGUGCCAUCGAUCCAUCCAGCCCGCUGCUCCAGCAGCAGCAGCAGAAUCAGCAUCCGCAUUCUGCUCACCAGCAGCAGCAGCAGCAGCAUCCGAUAAUUGCACACAACCGGCAGAUACUGCUGGCCGUCGAUCCUGCCACAAUACGGCACCAUCAGCAGCAGCAGCAGCACCAGCAGCAGCAGCAAGUGUUACGGUUACAACCUACGUCCACACCACCCGACACAUACUACAUCAGCAAUAAGAAACUCCACACGACGCCAGCGUACGGCUCACCUGGAAGCUACAAACCUUCCCCGACACCGCCAUCGGCAGGAAGUGCGGUUGCUACAUCGACACCUUCGCCCGUACAUCAGCUAGCAGCCUCGACGUCGUUCUCUGUACCACAGCAUCACUACCAGCAUCAGCAGCAUACCGCCCUGCUGCACCAGCCACCACCGAGUCAGCAUUCCCAGCAGCAGUUCCGCCAACAGUCACCACCAUCAUCCUCGGCUACCGCUGCGUCUCAGCAGGAGGCGGCCACCCCACUGAUUGACCUCAGCGAAUGGAUUAACCAUCGGGUGUUGGCGCGACGAAAGGAAGUGUAUGACUCUGGCCGCAUUCGAGCGACGUCCGCACCGGGAACGGUUGUUAUCGGGUUCGAUCAGCCCGAGGGCAGCCAUCAGACAUACCAGGGUGUGCUGGACGACAUGCACCGGCAGCAGGAUAUCAUCGACGACGUGUGUCCCGCGCUUGCCGACCUGCAGCCGGGCGUGCGGGUCUGCGUAAGGGCUACCUGUGUACAUCCGCAUCCCGUGCUGUCCAACGGCGGGGAUGUAUUUAUCGAGGGCAUUGUGAAGGAAGUGCACGGCAAUAAGAAACAGUUUUCCGUUCAGAUUUUGAGCCCUUCCGUAGCGGACAAGCAAGAGCUGCGAAUAGUGAAACGAGUUGAUAUGCGGCUGCUUAAACCACCCUGGUGGGAUGAAUUGCAAGAUGCGUUGGAUAAUUACAGCGGCCAUACAACGCUACCGGCAGGGUCGAUGGCAGAUUGUGGAUCCACCAGACGUAACACUCUCACCCUCGAUCAGCAUCGUCCGCAGGACGGAGAGACUGUUGUGAAAGCGCAACAACCGCAACAACCCGCCAUAGUGAGCUACGUGCUGACAACGUCGGCCAACAGUGAUCAUCAUCUGCACGCUGCCGGGGCGAAUCAGCUGGUGGCAGGGGUUUCCAGUGGACCCGGCAGCGGACAACCGUCCACCACCAUCAUCUACACCAGUGGUGCACCGUACAAAAAUAGCAUCAGCAUAACGCAGGGACGCGGUAUGGGUAGUGCCGGUAUACGGUACGACCCAUCACUGGGAGCAGGAACAUCGCUGGAACAGCAGCAGUUGAAGCAGCAUUUGCAUGUGCCAUUGCAGUUGCAGCACGUUAUGCCGGCCGGCACGGGUGAAGAGCAACACCAGUACCGCAGUGCCGCCACGUCGCCCUUUCAGUCUGUUCAGCUAGCUGACCGUGAGCGGGAUGGGAUGGACGCAGCUUCCAGCCACUAUACCGGGGCACAUUCGCGCUCGCAUUCCCUCCACCAUGUCGCUCAUCCGGUGCAGGUUGGACUGUCGCCUGCACCGGCACACAGCAGCAGCAACACGAUCGGCGGUGGAACGUCGGGCUCGGGUGGUGCUGGCACUAACAGCGGCAGCUCAGUAUUACGAACGCUCAGUCCGGACGAUCUGCGCAUCACGAAUCGCAGCUACGAUAACGAAAGCGAUGAUGAGGUGCGCAGCAGUUUUCCCAUGGAAGGUGAAACGGAAAAAUACUCAGGCAGCAGCAAGCGGAGCAGUAUGCAAAGCCGUGGAAGUACCUCAAGCUUACUGGAUCAACGAAGUACACCCCGAUCUCAACCUGCAACCCCAAGAUCUCAAGCGGCGACACCGCACCGGUUUAAGAAGGGAGACGUCGUAUCAACGCCGACCGGGAUACGAAAAAAAUUCAACGGCAAGCAGUGGCGCAGGCUGUGCUCGAACGAAUCAUGUUCGAAGGAAUCUCAACGACGAGGCUACUGCUCGCGGCAUCUCAGCCAGAAAGGCAGCAAUGCCCUUCGGUCGUCUACCAGCUCGGUGACGAACCACUUCAAUAGGUACGCUGUUUUUUCCCAACGUAAGAGAUUAGUUGUAAUUUACACUUCGUGUUCCUUUAACAGCAGUCGAUCAAGCAGUAAAACGCAGCUGGAUGAGGAAACAUCGCGAGAUUCAGAAACAUCGCCCCACUACCGCGUCACGGGACGCUUUGAUCAGGAUGAAACGGAUGCUGCUAAUAUGCUGGUAUCGCUCAGCAGUUCUCGUUCGGCGACACCUAGCAAUUCCUUCUCCUCUCCGACGGGGCACGGAUCGUCUCCGCUAGCAACGCAAUCGCCGGUAAUGAUCGGCAAUCGACAGAACCUCUUUCUGCCGAUCGGCAGCCCGGCGCCGUCCAGCGAACUGCAUGGCAGUGUCGGUAGUGGCACCAGCAAGUACAAAACGAACACUCCGAGCCCGAAUCCAUCGCACACCAUUGGCGGUGGUAUCGGGAUUGGGGGUAGCGGUACCACUACCGGAAGCCAUCACCAUCCGUUGAUUCGUCCGGAGUCAUUGCGACCAAUACAACCGCCAACGAGCAAUGCUACUGCUCCUCCACCGACCGGUCAUGCGACUAGCGUCAUUCGGAUGUCACCCCUGUAUUCCCAGCAUUCGACACAUCCGUCGGCCAUCUACGCCACGUAUCCGUUACAUGUGGGAGGCAACAGUUCCACAGUGACACAAUCGUCUUCGGCUGCUCAGCAGCAAGCGCACGUGGAAUCUUUAGCUUCAAAUGGGGUUGUUCAGCAUCAACAACAGCAUCAACCACUUCCCUUGCAACAACAGCAACAGCAGCAGCAACAACAGCAGCAGCAGCAGCAGCAUGAACAGCAAGAGCAACCUCACGCAUUGGUAACGACAAGUCGAUCGCAACCAACUUCCGGUCAGGUUCAGAUUGUUUCGCAGUCGCCUGUUCAAGCUCACCAUCAUCACUCAAUCAUACAGCAGCAGCAGCAGCAGCAACAGCAGCAGCAGCAACAACAUACCGUGGUAUUGACCACCCAACAGCAGCAGUCCUUAACGGUGCCAAAAAACGGCAUUAGCACGGGUUCCACCUAUCAAUGGCAUGCAUUGCUUCCGAUCAUACAUAGUCCGUCAGCGAUCGCCAAGAGCAACCACCAUCCACAUCAUCAACACCACCACUACGCGCACGUGGCGCACUCGCAGACCUAUGGACCACCCGCAACAGUAGCAGCAGCAGUCCCUGCUGCCGGCCCACCAUCAUCCGUGGCGGCGUCGGUUGUUGCCUCACAACCGCCGUCGAUUGGAAGCCCCUCCACAACGACAGCAAAGUCGUCUUCGUCGUCCGCUACCUCUUCGAUGAUCAUUGCACCAUCCAAGAUGUACUCUUCACCACCACCGCCGCCGUCCCAAGCAGCAGCAGCAGCGGAGGAUAUGGUUUCCAUCGACGAUGACGACCAGGGAGACGAUGAUGUCUUUGAAGCAGAGCCCGUGAAAACAGUACCCAACACGAACAACCAAACAAGCAGUCGGUAUGCGGCGGCGGCGGCGGCGGCAGGAGGUGGUGACGCUAGUGGUGGCGGCAGCGGAGGAAACCAUCAGCUCCUGCGCGGAAUGGACAUUGAAGCGCCCGUGACGGUGCCUAGCAGUAAGGCAUGUUCGAGCGAAAGCGCCGAGUCGAUCGCAAAGCGGCGAACGCAAUCGUGCAGUGCUGCACUGCAGGCGGCCGCAGUAUCGAACGGUGGCGGUGGUAGCGGUGGUGGAAGUGGUAACGGCACACCGAAAGAACCGCAGAGUCCGUUAAGCAACAAGAAGGAUGCUAAAAUUCGGCGCCCCAUGAACGCGUUCAUGAUCUUCUCCAAACGGCACCGGGCGCUCGUGCACCAGAAGCACCCGAACCAGGACAAUCGAACGGUGAGCAAAAUUCUCGGCGAAUGGUGGUACGCGCUGAAGCCGGAAGAGAAAACCAAAUACCACGAGCUGGCGAGUGAGGUGAAGGAAGCGCACUUCAAGGCCCACCCCGAAUGGAAAUGGUGCUCGAAGGAUCGUCGCAAAUCUUCAUCAUCCGCGAAGGAGGGCGCCGGCGGGGUACCGGCCAGUGGCGGUGUGCUGGUAUCGGCAGGCGGUGCCAGUGGCCGUGGUCGGAUCGAUUCCUUCGACGGAAACGAUUCGUUCGACGAGAAGAGUCCAAAAACGCCAUCGGAAGUCGCGUCGUCGGUGAGUUGUGCCGGGUCGGGUGGAAGCGGCGACAUAAUUCCGCUGACCGUGGCGCCGUACAACACAAUCGACGAAACGGCUGAACCAGUGACACCGUCGUCGUCAUCGUCCAGCAUGAUGAUGAUGCUGCCACCGACGACAACGGCCAACCACGGUUCAGCAGCUUCAAGCAAUACGGGAAGCCACAGCAAUCCGGAAGCGAUGGUCGUCGAUACCGCAGCGAGCAUAUCCUCGCCUCCAGCCCAACGCUAUGCCGAUAAGGAAGAUCGAGACAAAAGCGAUGAUCAGAUGGACAUUUCCAUCACGGACGAGAAGAUGGAUGAAGGCGAUGCGGGCGUGACGGACGAGGACCAGCAGCAGAUGGCGAGCGAGGACGCGCACCCAGCAACGGUGCUGCCAUCCUCCUCAACUGCGCAGCCGAACGACGUGUCAGAGCUCGAUCUGAAAUGUGCCGAAAAGGUAAGCGAUUCAGACGUGGAGGAAAGCUCUGGCGGCAACGCUCAGGGCAAGCAAGACCAUGAGGAAAUCAGGCACAAAGUAACUACUGCCCCAUCUAACGCUGCUAGCUCUUCCACAAAGGUUUCACAAUCGACGGUUUCAAACGAUUACCAUCACGGUAGCAAUGGGGACGUAGCGACGGACUACUCGAUCAAAACCCUGACGACGACGGCAAGCAACGGAGCAGCAAAUACAGGCGGCGGCCCACCAACCACACCCGGUGGAUCUAACGCUUCCUCGCUGGAAGCAUCUGCCGGAUCAUUGCUGACGUGCAAACCGAAACCGAUUAAAGCGGGCGCGAUACGUCAACAGCAGAUGGGUAGUGAUAGUGGGGGGACUAUCAGUUCCGGCACAGGCGGACAUAUUACCGCCAGCUCGGGAGGGGACAGUAAUGGUGGUAGCAACAUUACUUCUUCUGGCAGUAGUGCUGCUGCUGCUGCUGCUAGUGGACAGGGCGGUGGUAGCAUCUAUCAGCAUCAUCACUCCCAUCCACACCACCACCACCACCAUCACCCGAUCGGGUACGCGUACAGCAGUCCGAAAAAUCCAGUCGGUGUUUCACCAUUCCAGCCAACGGGCGGAGCAUUUAAAACGAUGCCCCAGAGCCCCAAAACACUGGGAAAACAGGACCACCCAUCAUCGUAUCUGCUUUCGCCAGCCUCCUCAACGCCAACAGUGUCUACGGUCAAGAUGGAACCGGCAGAAAAUCUCACCACCACCACCAGUAACGCUCGGAGCAAUGUCGAUACCAUAUUUAACUUUUCCACCGCCGCAAUAAAGGAGCAAUAUCAGCUGCAGCAGCAACCGACAGCGCUUUAUCACGGCAAUGACCAGCAGCAGCACAAACUGCUGCUGGCCGUAAGCAGUAGCGGCACGGAAUCCAUGACGGCGGCAGCCCACUCAACGCUGACCGUUACCCCACCGAGCAGCAGCUGCUCGUCGGAAAGCGGUGGGAGCGGGCUGAGCAACAGCAGCACCAAAUGUAAAUCGCUGUUAGAGCUUAAUCCCACCAUCUGUUACACGAUUUCGAACGUUAACGGUGGCCAUUCGGCCACCAGUAGCAAUGCAAACCUUAAGCCUAGUACUAACGCAAUAGUGAUGAGCAUGAAACAAGUUCUACCGGUGCCGUCAUCCUCCACGCCGUCAUCCGUUGCUUCGCUACCGUCCUCGUUGACACUGUCCUCGGUUGCCGCACUGCACCCGCUGCAGCCGCCCGGUACCGGUGCGUUCUCCGCCAACAGUAGUGGCGCGACCGACCUGACGACGGUGUUACCGGCCAGUGCCGUAAGCGCCAGUGCCGGGCUCAGCAACAACACCACGACCACCAUCCUGGCGCCCCACGCAACGCAACGACUACCGGGCCGGCAGAAAUUGAUGCUGUGUCCUCAGGGCUACCCCACGGCGCAAAUGCAACCGUCCCAGGCGCACCACAACCAGCAGCAUCAGUAUGCAACGAUCAAGCAAGAACCUCCCGAAUCGCCAGGUGCGAAACAUUUCCUGCCUGUAACACCCGUUUCCAGCAGCACCACCACCAACAGCGGUUCCUCGUACGGCAGUAGCAACGCCAACAGCAGUCACCAAAGCGAUGUCGUUAUGGUUGCCGCCGCUACACCGGGCAGCUCCGCUAACAGUGCAACGGAAACGGACCCCUCGCGUGAGGAAGACAUGGAGGAAGAUUAUGCUGACGGCGAUGGUGGUGGUGGGGGGGACGCCGGUGCCGAUGGAGCAGGCGGAGGUCCUCCGCCGGAGAGCAAGAAGUUCAUCCUGGCGCCGACACCGGCGCAGUUGGGUCGUGCCCCACUGCAGCGGCGCCAGAUGAGCAGCGGCGGUUGUAACAGCAACAGCAACAGUAACAGUGGCAUGAUGCAGUCGGACCAGCAGCAGCCGCAGCCGCAGCCGCCACCCCCACUGAGUGGCAACAGUAUCGCUCAACAGCAGACAACACCGAUGGACGAUGACGGCGGGGCAGACGAUGCGGCCGGGCGGCAAUCGUCGUCGAACGGGCAGACCAAUCACCAUCCGCACCAUCAGCAGCAACACGCGUCGAUGCCGUCCGCUUUGCCCACACCGACGUCCGCUUCGAUGGAGGAAUACCACAGCCAGAUUUCGCCGUCCGCCGCCAAGAAAGCGUUCUUCCGCAAGGCGAAGCCGGAUGAUAUGGACAACGUGCUGAGACAGGUUGACUUUGAGAAAAAGUUUAAAACACUACCCCAGUUUAAGCCGGAAGAUUGUCACUCGCCCAGUGCCAUCAUGGCGUCCUCGCCCCGUGUGUUUACGCAAAACUAUCGCAAAAAGCAAACCACGACUCACAAAACGCUGCCGGAUGAUGAGCAGCACAGCAAUCUGCAUUCGGAUGGUAGCGUUCCGCCGCUUUCCAGCACGGCCACCCCGUCCAGCUCGUACGUGAUCGGGAAUCGGUUUUUCGGGCCCGAUUUCAACAUGGAACAGUACAAGGAACUGUCGGCUGAAAUGGGACGCUCGGGAGGAGGGGCGUCUGUUGGUGGAAGCGGGACGGUGGUGGGUGGUGGCGCGGGUGCUGACGACCGUUCGCCUCGGACGCCCAAAACGCCAUCGCAGCGAUCGGUCAACUCGGCGGAAGAGAAGGGCCAUCGGAAGAUACUCGAGCAGCGACGCAACCUGGUGGUGCAGCUGUUCAACGAACACGGGAUGUUUCCCUCGACGCACGCUACAAAUAGCUUUCAGCUGGCGCACAGCGACAUAUUUCCUAACAAGCAGAGCCUGCAGCUGAAGAUUCGCGAGGUGCGUCAAAAAUCGAUGGCCCAGCAGCCCGGUUUUACGCCGCAGUCAGCUGGUCCUAUUACUCCGACAGAAGUGAACAAUGGUCAGUCCGACAGCAACCAGCAACAUUCAAUACAUCAUCAGCACAGCCAGCAGCAGCUUCAUCAUCUGCACCAACCACAGCAGCAGCAACAACAGCCGGAACAUAGCACCAACUGAACCGGACACACGGAGCAUCCGAAUGAGAGGGGUUUGGUCGGGAGAAGAUAGUAGGUAAAAAAAACAAGCAAAAGGUAAGCCACAACCGAGCAGGGCUAAAACGAGCUGGUUUCCUCGCGUGUUACGAUAAGGAUGACAAGAAGAAAGACAAAACCUAAACCACAAACGCCCGAUGCAGUGCAAUGUACAAACAGAGCGCUCGACUUGUUUCGUUCUCUUCAAUAUUCAACAUACGAAUUAUCGUUAGUAAUUCUGCCUAGAGGUUCUUCCGUUGAGCGACGAUGCGUAACGUGUAGAGCGGGGGUUGUAGAUGCGACCACAAACUCGAUACGAACUCCGGAACUGUCUGGCGGGAGCACGGCACCAACCAGCUACAAUAGUAGGGCAAUACAAUAGCCAAACAGCAAAGAAAACCAACCAUAUAACCCCCCCUCCGGCUUAUAUCCCAAAAUGCCAAUGAACGUACAAUGUCCUUCAUUUUCUACCCAUUUUUACGCUUUGUUUCCUCCAAUCUUGAAUCUUUUGUUCCAAGCAUUAGAUUAACGUGAAAAAGGAACAGGGCUAGGAAUAUAGUAGAUGCUUCGUAGUGACACGUCGUAGCCGUAGCAGACGAGGAGGAUUGUGCAAUUUAAGUGUUGUUUGCAGCGAACCCAUUGUCGUCAUGCCGGGAGCGUUCCACAGUUAAUAGUUGUUGGUUGGAUAGAUGGAAUACAGUUUGCGGGUGCGGGAAAUCGUUAAGCAGAAACGCGACAUCCCAGCCGGAGGAAACACUGAAGGCAAACAAACAAACAAAACAUAAUAAAACUCUAGUAGAAAAGGCUUUCCCCCGUGGGUGGUACCCUGUUAUUGGGCAUGUUUGCGCAUAUCAUCCAACACAUGACAAAAGCAAAACAAGCGUAAUGAUGAUUUCACGUAGGCCCGGCCAACUGUCUCUAUGACCCAUAGACAAAGCGAAGUGAUGCGUAGAACAUACAAAUUAAGAGUAGUGCAAUGGUGUGAAACGUUGGAACGUGACACUCUGCGACGGAAACAAGGGGGGGGGGGGGAGAGGAGGGGGGCGUCAAAAUGCGGGAGCAAAUGCGGUGAUUUUAGUUUCGUAAGGUGUGGCGUACAGAACGGAGAACAAACGUUUCUUUAAAAGUUGUAUUCUCUCGAUAUUAUCUUCAGUUUAGAAGCAAUCUACAAACAACCACCACCACCACCACACAGGGGUAAGCGAUAUGAUAUUGCUGCGUUUUUGUCACAGUGCCACCCGGCCGCUGCUGUACUGUACUGCACUUGUACUAGUAGCAGCGGCCCCCAGGUGCGUAGUGUGUGUCUGUAUAUAGUAUACAUAUAUAUAAAUGAAGUGACUUAGCACGAAUACUAAAUGUUUCGUAGUGUCCAAUUUCCCCACAAACAAACAAAAAGUCACCUCAAUUAUGUUGCAAACAAAUCAAUACAUAUACAUAUAUAUA